UCUCCAAGAACACAGCCUGAGUAUUUAAAUACGAGCAGAAUAGACGCUUGCUAACAGAGGACUGGGGAACCAGAGGUAACAGCCAACAUGGACCCCAACAAAAUGAGAAGUACAUUCCUCUUGCAGAUUUGGAAGCAGAACAAAGUGUUCCAAAAAGAGUGCAAGAAGCGACUUAAGAAUUAUCAUGACCAAAUUCAGCGUUUACUGCGAAGGCGGAAGACAGGGGAACCACUUUUGGUGCAGAAUGAGAAGAUGGCACCCUUGCUCAUUCCAACAGGCCCUGAUGUUUUUCGUCGCUUCACUUCAGAGUCCUUGGCAGAGAUUGAGAAACGCAUCCUCAAAGAAAAGGCUGAAAAAGACAGACGGCAGCAUUAUGAAAUCUCGGAAGAAGACCUUCCCAAGCCAAACAGUGAUCUAGAGGCUGGAAAACCACUGCCUUUCAUAUAUGGUGAUCCUCCACCCAAUGUCCUUACUGAACCUUUAGAGGACCUGGACCCAUUCUACAAUACACAGAAAACUUUUAUAGUCUUAAGUAAAGGGAAGGCAAUCUACAGGUUUAACGCUGAGCCGGCCUGCUAUAUUUUGAGUCCCUUCAAUCCAAUUCGGAGGGCUGCCAUCAAAAUUCUUAUACAUUCAUUAUUUAGCAUGUUCAUCAUGAUCACAAUUCUAACAAAUUGUGUGUUUAUGGCGAUGAGUGACCCACCAUCUUGGAGCAAAAAUGUAGAGUAUGCUUUCACUGGAAUUUAUACUUUUGAAGCAUUGGUCAAGAUUUUAGCUAGGGGCUUUUGCAUUGGUGGUUUCACAUUCCUGAAAGAUCCUUGGAACUGGCUUGACUUUAGCGUCAUCACCAUGGCUUACACUACUGAGUUUGUAGAUUUGGGCAACGUCUCAGCUCUCCGAACUUUCCGUGUGCUUCGAGCUCUGAAAACAAUUACUGUUAUUCCUGGUUUGAAAACCAUUGUGGGCGCACUCAUCCAAUCGGUGAAGAAACUGUCUGAUGUGAUGAUCCUCACCGUCUUCUGUCUGGCAGUCUUUGCCCUCAUUGGCCUGCAACUCUUCAUGGGUAACCUGAGGCACAAGUGUGUUAGGUGGCCCAUUUCUUUUGAAAAUAUGACCAUGGCCUACAAUGAGACGUCUUUCAGUUUCAAUGAGACAUCUGGGAAUUUCAAUGGAACAGACAACAGCUGGUUUGACUGGGACGAAUACAUUAAUGAUGACGGUAACUAUUACUUUCUAGAGGGGGCCGCAGAUGCCUUACUGUGUGGUAACAGCUCAGAUGCUGGACAGUGCCCAGAAGGAUUCAUGUGCAUGAAAGCAGGAAGGAACCCAAACUACGGUUACACCAGCUAUGACACUUUCGGUUGGGCUUUUCUUUCUUUAUUCAGACUAAUGACUCAAGAUUACUGGGAGAAUCUUUUCCAGCUGACCCUAAGGGCUGCUGGCAAAACCUACAUGAUAUUCUUUGUGAUAAUUAUCUUCUUGGGCUCUUUUUACUUGAUAAACUUGAUUCUGGCUGUGGUGGCCAUGGCCUACGCAGAACAGAAUGAGGCCACAAUGGAGGAAGCAAGACAAAAAGAGGAAGAGUUUCAGCAAAUAUUGGAGCAACUGAAGAAGCAGGACGCACAACUGCAUGGACCAGCCAAGGCCCAUGGAAACAGCCAGGACUCACUAGCUGGAAAUCAAGUAAAGAAGAAAAAGGGCGACUCCGAACAUGCUGAUACUGAUCAAGAAGGGGACCAAAUCGGAGACUGCAAUGGAAAAGUCAUACCAAAGGUGGUCAUUGAGCGAGUCAACUCUGUACAAGCUGAGUCAGUUGAGGAAGUUGUGAAACACAAUCAGCCUUACUCCAAACAAAAUAUGGAUUACUUGGAGGAUCCAGGUCUUCAGAAAAGAACUGCAAGUGCAAUGAGUGUGCUUACUAAUGCCAUGGAAGAGCUGGAAGAGACGCAGCAGAAGUGUCCUCCUUGGUGGUAUAAAUUUGCGCACAUGUUCCUGAUCUGGGAUUGCUGUACCCUGUGGAUAAAAUUUAAAGAAGCUGUGAAAUUUGUGGUCAUGGACCCUUUUGUGGACCUUGGCAUCACCAUAUGCAUUGUUCUGAAUACCCUUUUUAUGGCUAUGGAGCAUUACCCUAUGACAGAGCAGUUUGAAAGUGUCUUGGCAACGGGAAACCUGGUGUUCACUGGCAUCUUCGCUGCUGAGAUGGUGUUCAAAAUCAUUGCUCUUGAUCCAUAUUAUUACUUUCAAACUGGAUGGAACAUCUUUGAUAGCAUUAUUGUCACUCUCAGUCUGGUGGAACUGGGACUUGCCAAUGUGGAAGGCCUGUCUGUCCUCCGAUCCUUCCGUUUGCUUCGUGUGUUUAAGUUGGCCAAAUCUUGGCCCACACUGAACAUGUUGAUCAAGAUCAUUGGAAACUCAGUUGGAGCUCUCGGUAACCUGACAUUGGUCUUGGCCAUCAUCGUUUUCAUAUUUGCGGUGGUGGGGAUGCAGCUCUUUGGCAAAUCUUACAAGGAUUGUGUUUGUAAGAUCAAUGAAAGUUGUGAACUACCUCGCUGGCACAUGAAUGAUUUUUUCCACUCUUUCUUGAUUGUCUUUCGCAUCCUAUGUGGAGAAUGGAUUGAAACUAUGUGGGACUGCAUGGAAGUAGCUGGACAAACAAUGUGUCUCAUUGUCUUCAUGAUGGUCAUGGUUAUUGGAAACCUUGUGGUGCUUAACCUCUUUUUAGCCUUGCUGCUAAGCUCCUUUAGUGCGGACAAUCUCUCCAGCAAAGAUGACGAUGGUGAAAUGAAUAACCUCCAGAUCGCCAUUGGCAGGAUUACACGUGGCAUUGAUUUUGUCAAAGGAGGCAUUUUGGGUCUGUUCCGAACAAUUCUUGGGAAGAAGAAAGCACAAGCUGAAGAAGAUGAAAGUGACAAAAAAGAACAGUUUGUUCUUAACCACAUGGAUUUACCAGAGGAAGCUAAGUCAGAUCUUAAGAUUGUGGAUGGUGUCACAAAGAAAGAAGCUCACAUGAUGGAUGAUUUGGAUCGCUCUGGAUUUCUGACCAAUGUAGAUAUGAGACUCACUGCUCCCAUUGCACCUGGAGAGUCUGAUUUUGAAAAAGAUGACGAUGAGAUUAGUUUAGAAAUUAAAGAACCCAAAAGACACACAAUAAUUGAUGGGAGCUCCUACAGCACUGCUGAUUACAAGCCACCAGAGAUUGAGGAGGAGAUGGCAUUGGAAGAAGCAGCAGACAGUGAAGAACCACAGCCUUGCUUCACAGAAGGCUGUAUCCGGCGAUGUCCCUGUCUCACAGUUGAUAUUACGCAAGGCAAAGGAAAACAGUGGUGGAAUUUGAGGAAAGCAUGCUUUUGCAUUGUGGAGCACAACUGGUUUGAGACGUUUAUCAUCUUCAUGAUUUUGCUGAGUAGUGGUGCCCUGGCAUUUGAAGAUAUAUACAUUGAACAAAGGCAAAUGAUAAAAAUAAUCUUGGAGUAUGCAGACAAAGUGUUUACCUAUGUAUUCGUGAUUGAAAUGCUUUUAAAGUGGACCGCCUAUGGAUUUAAGACCUAUUUCACCAAUGCAUGGUGUUGGCUAGAUUUCCUUAUUGUGGAUGUUUCUUUGAUCAGCCUUACAGCAAACUUAAUGGGGUAUUCUGAACUGGGACCCAUCAAAUCCCUGCGGACACUCCGAGCCUUGAGGCCCUUAAGAGCACUGUCACGAUUUGAAGGAAUGAGGGUAGUGGUCAACGCCCUUUUGGGAGCAAUUCCAUCUAUUAUGAAUGUCCUGCUGGUCUGUCUGAUCUUUUGGUUAAUCUUCAGCAUAAUGGGAGUAAAUUUGUUUGCUGGGAAGUUCUACAGGUGCAUCAACACCACAUCAGAGGAGCUGUUUCCCAUAUCUGUGGUCAACAACAAGUCAGAAUGCUUGGCGAUUCCAGGGGAAACCAGAUGGAUGAAUUUGAAAGUCAAUUUUGAUAAUGUGGGUCUAGGCUACUUGUCCCUGUUGCAGGUGGCCACGUUUAAAGGCUGGAUGGACAUUAUGUAUGCUGCAGUAGAUUCACGCCAGGUGGAAGAACAGCCUUCAUAUGAAAUCAAUCUGUACAUGUACAUAUACUUUGUCAUCUUUAUUAUUUUUGGAGCUUUUUUCACCCUUAAUCUUUUCAUUGGUGUCAUUAUUGACAACUUCAAUCAGCAAAAGAAAAAGUUUGGAGGUAAGGAUAUCUUCAUGACUGAAGAACAGAAAAAAUACUAUAACGCUAUGAAGAAGCUUGGUUCCAAGAAACCACAGAAGCCUAUCCCAAGGCCACAGAAUAAAAUCCAAGGAGCUGUGUAUGAUUUUGUCAAUAAGCAAGCUUUUGAUAUUUUUAUUAUGGUCCUCAUUUGCCUCAACAUGGUGACAAUGAUGGUGGAGACAGAUGACCAGAGCGCAGAGAAAGAAUUAAUUCUUUUCUAUAUCAACUUGGUCUUCAUCGUGAUUUUCACUGGAGAGUGUAUCCUUAAACUUUUUGCUCUCAGACACUAUUUCUUUACCAUUGGAUGGAACAUUUUUGAUUUUGUUGUGGUCAUCCUUUCUAUUCUUGGCAUAAUGUUAGCAGACAUCAUUGAAAAGUAUUUUGUCUCACCUACUCUUUUCCGAGUUAUAAGACUGGCCAGAAUUGGCCGCGUUCUCAGGCUUAUUAAAGGUGCAAAGGGAAUCCGGACCCUUCUUUUUGCACUGAUGAUGUCCCUUCCUGCUUUGUUCAACAUCGGUUUGCUGCUUUUCCUCGUGAUGUUUAUUUACUCCAUCUUUGGAAUGUCAAACUUUGCUUAUGUGAAAAAAGAGUCAGGCAUUGAUGACAUAUUUAACUUUGAGACCUUUGGGAAUAGCAUCAUUUGCUUGUUUCAGAUCACCACUUCAGCUGGUUGGGAUGGUCUCCUUAACCCUAUAUUGAACAGUGGCCCACCAGACUGUGAUCCAACUUUUGAAAAUCCUGGUUCAGAAGUUAAGGGCAACUGUGGCAAUCCUGCUGUGGGCAUAGUUUUCUUCUGCAGCUACAUCAUUAUCUCUUUCCUAAUUGUAGUCAACAUGUACAUUGCCAUCAUCCUGGAAAACUUCAAUGUUGCCACAGAAGAAAGUGGUGAGCCACUAUGUGAAGAUGACUUUGAAAUGUUCUAUGAAACAUGGGAGAAAUUUGAUCCUGAUGCUUCUCAGUUUAUAGAAUACUGUCGGCUCUCUGAUUUCUGUAAUACUCUUCAAGACCCUCUUAAGAUACCAAAACCUAACAAAAUCAAACUCAUAACUUUGGACCUCCCAAUGGUUGUAGGUGACAAAAUUCACUGCCUUGAUAUCCUCUUUGCUCUUACUAAAGAAGUGCUGGGAGACUCUGGGGAAAUGGAUACCCUGAAAGCAACCAUGGAAGAAAAGUUCAUGGCUGCCAAUCCUUCCAAAGUUUCCUAUGAACCCAUCACCACAACCCUGAAGAGGAAACAGGAGGAGGUGGCUGCUUCAGUCAUCCAGCGAGCUUACAGGAGGCACCUGCUUAAGCGAUCAGUGAAGCAGGCUUCAUACAUGUUCCGGCAUAUUGGAAAUGGGGAAAACAAAACAGUAGAAGAAGCUCCAGAAAAAGAGGGCUUGAUUGCUGAGAAGAUGGAGGAGCACUAUGGAAAAGAGGAUCACAGGAGGAAAGAAGAGAGUGAGACUAAGGAGUCUUCUAAAUCGGAAAACACCUUAGAUGUUCCUCACAUGCCUGAUGUUGUUGUUCCACUCUCUGAACCACGCACAGCUGCUUUACCCUCCAUCAUCAAAAGAAAUAUACGGGAAUCUGUCGUAUAAUGGUUGGACAUAUUUCGACUUGUCCUCAACCCAUGAAAACUGUUUAUUCCUCAACUGGAUAGGUCUAAUACAGCUUUGGACCUGGCAAAGACAAAAACACAAAUGUCUAAAUGUAUUGGAGCGCACCUUAACAGGAGUCUACAGUAGGUGCACUGUGGGUCAUGUACCAAUUCUGAGUGCAAGCGAGAACCAAAAAUGAAAUCCUUAAUAUCAUGUUAGUCUGUAACAGAAGCAAAUCCUUUCCUGAAUGGCAACUUCUACUUAGUUUGUAUUAUAUAUAAAAAGAAAAUGUGUGCUCAUCAAUAGACACAACAUUUGCACACCCUGUAGUAGGCAGAGCAGUUUCAUUAUUAUACAGAGGCGCACUGGACAGGGGGGCAAACACAUAAAAUGAACACAAUGGAGAAUACAUAAGAGUGCAGAGUUCAGAAGAAUAACUGCCUUUAGUUCGUUAUGCAGCCUAUGCAUGUUCCACAGCAGCAUCAGGUUUAAAGUUUCUCUGUAUGGUACAUGCUGUAUGCACACACAUUUGUAAACAUUUCAGUUUGGGUAAUUAUCAUGAUUUUCAAUAGACUUUAGACAACCAUUUUAAACUAUGCACCUUGGUGAAGAAAUAUAAACAAACUGAUUCAAAGUUCAAUUUCAUACUUUGUUUGUUUUUUUUUUUUUUGAGUUUUCAAAGUAAAAGUAAGCUGUCGCAUCUCUAAAAUGCUCAUGUUUGCAAAGCUCUGAUGUAGUUUGACUCUGAUCUUAAACUGAGUUUGCUUUUUCCUGUUGCUUGAAAGUUUAUGAGGUUAUUGGGGAUAAUGGAUUCAUAACCAGCUCUAUUUUCCGUUAGAACUCAAUAGAACAAUAACAGAUAAAGAUUCAAAAAUGAUAUGUUCAGUUCUGGUUUCUCCUUGUAUUGCCAGUAGUUGUCAUUUACUCCCAGCAGGCACCCUUGACCCCAAACUCAAAUCAAGAAGAGUCAAAAAUGAACGAUUUAAUAUAUUGUAAAUAUUGAUAGGCUUAUAGGGUUAUUAUUGUCAUGUGUACAUAGUACAGAGUAAUUCUAACUUGCAUGUGUUAAUCAACAUGCAACACGUUGCCAGUCUCUGACACCAUCAUUAGUGAUUAAAAGUUACCUAACCUUUAAACUUUGGUCUUCUUUACGUGAAAAAUCUCAGAGUUUGGAUAAGUACUAAAAUUUGGUAUCGAUACCAGCUUUUGGAUCUCAGUACCAGUACCAACACCUAUUUGCUCCAAAGCAAAAAACAGAUAAAACCCAAGUGCUCGGUAUAUAAAAAUGUACCCCAUGUAUGUAAUACGUAUAACUCUGGAAUAUAUUUACAUUUAAUCUAAAUAUUAAAUACAAAAGAGACUGCAGACAUGGUAAUAAAUUAAGACAUUACAAUAUACAGGUUUGGCCCCCCUUCCCAGUUCACCCACGCCACCUGUCCAUUCCCUUGUUCUACUUACAUGUAAUAGUGACACAUAGAAGAACUCUGACUUUAAAAAAAAUAGAAAAUACAGAUCUUAGGCUUCCAGAGUCGCUAAUUGUUUCUAGAGUCCCAGUUGUCUCAUUUCUUAUUUGGUACUGAAGCAUUGAGUUUUACCAAAUUCAUUCUUUAAUUUUACAGGUAGACAUAGCAGGGCAAAUCAUGAUAUGGGUGUGUAUUAUACAUAUGUAUAUAAAUGUAUGUACACUGUAGGAAUAUUUAGAGAGAGAGCUGUGUAAAGCGAAAAUGUAGACAAAUGUGAAAGACACUGUAUCCAAUAGGUAGUUAGAUGCUGCCUUGCUAUCAUUAUUUUAACGCUAAUUUUUGUAAUUGUACACAGUACAACUUAAUUGUUGCCAACGUCCUCAUUACGGGUUUUUAUUCACACUUUGUGCCUUAAGAAUGACUGUGUUUUUGAUUCAUUUUCAUUAUUGAAGAACUUAAUUCCAGUUCACCAGAAUAUUAGAAAGCAUUAAAAACAGUAAAAAUAAGAUUGCUCUAAUAGGAAAUGCAAUAGAUAAAAAUAUGUUGCUGAAAACGCACUCAGUUUUUUCAUUGACUCAGACUUGUCCGACUGUUUUAUUUUGCAAACGUUGUUUGAAAUGAACUGCAUUUGAUAAAGCACUUCUAUGGGCUGAACGCCUUCCCAGGGCACUUUAUGCACACUUCAUUACACUUGUCCAUCUCUCAGCUCAUGCGAUGAGCCCCCUGUGGAGCCUGAUCCCUCCGUACACUGGGUGGUCUGGAGCACUAGACGUUCCUGGCUGCCAGUUACUAAAAGACACACUGGAAAAAAAAAUAGAAUGAAAUUAGAAGUAAAUGUAAGCUACUGAAGUAGGUUUGAAAUGUAACCUAAAUGCACAAGUUUUGGACAUAUUUACUUAUUAAUGUAACACAAUUUUCUCAUCUCAGUGAGUGAAUUAUGUCAUUGUGUUACAAAAAUACUGACUGUGGUAUUCUCGUUAGUAAAAUUACAGGCACGUUGAGUGACAGACAUCACAGGCAACCAGACAGAGGUGAUGAGGUAAAGAUGUUUAUUUAGCUGCUUUUUAAAUUCCAGCGUACAUUUGUUUUUCAGCAUUUUGUAACGCCAAAACUAAACAUUUGAGAAGAUACUGGUGUACAAUAAAACUAGAGAUUUUUAUACCAUUGAAUGCUGUUGCAUUCUGGAGUUUUAAAUAAUUUUGGGCUGAUGUAUGCAUUAUGAAAAAAUGGUCUCAUAAAAAUUCUGACUUGUGUGAGUUGAGACUUUAAUAAUUUCAGGUUAUUUUUUAUGGAGGACAGGCAUCUUAACAAGAAUUUCAGAUGACAGUUUAUUUUCAUACAACCAGCAGCAUUUCUGUUCACCUUUUCCCUGCCCUUAAAGAAAAGAGAGAGUCACUAAAAACCACAAACCAUUCAGACGAUGGUUAGAGCAAAUAGCCACUUUAACCCAUUUCCAAAAUGGCAUCUCACCCAAAGAAGCAGUCAGCCACACUUCAUUGUAUGGAGCUAAGCUGUCCAGCGUCCUUCUUCUCCAACUCCAGACUCUAUCAAGUGUAUGUGGAGCACCAGUAGUCUGCACUAUUUCUCAUAUGAAAGGCCACUUGAGACGCACCUAGAACUGCCUAAUGGUUCUGCCAAGUGCCAACUUAAGCUAUUGACCAUUCUAUGGAAAAAAAGAUCACACAAGUAUCUGAGGUUAUGGUGUUGUAACCGAUCUACACACUGAUCUUAAAAUUAAAUCAUCUCCUGAUGACUGUCAGUCUGGGGACAGGUUCCUUUGGACGCAUCAGUUAUCCUGUAACUGCGAAUAUGGCUAAAAUCUGUGAAGGUCCUUUCUCAUAUACUGUAGCCAAAGUCUUAAAGAUGAUUUUAAUAAUAAAAACCUUCAGGAAAAUAGGUUUUACAAUCAGGAUAUCUGCAUGGAGCUUGUAAGCUAUAAAAUUGUGAAUUAAUGCACAUAGAGAGCUGCAAAAGCAGACCGAUUGGUCCAAAGUGGGCUGCCAGUGCAUUCAGAGGCUCAAAGUCUCAAAAAAAAAACA